UGGCUAGACACCGUAGAGGCGUUGUCGCAUGUCGGGUGUCAUCAUAGAAUGGUGGUGUCAUCUCGUUCAUGGCUUCCGAAAAAAAGGAGCCGCCAGUACACAGCUGAAACUCUUCUCCAAGAAACGAAUGCAAUGGCUGGAUUACUGUUCGCAAAACGCUGAUGGACACUACACUGCAGCAACAAGGCGCCAUGGAUGUGCGCGUACCACCUUUGUCGCGGAGAUGCAUCGUACCUAGAGGCUCCCGCGACCGUGUGUUGUUUAUGUUAAUGAUGUGCGGUAUUCCCCUCAUCGUUUCCUUCGACUUUUGCUUCGUUGCACCCAGGUACCACGAGACCUUCGACAAGGUGAUGUGGGUGCACGCUGCUUUGGCCACAUUUAUCGUGUUCAACAUAUACGCAAACCUGUUCAAGCUCUUCCAGACUGACACAAGUGCACGCAACAUCAAGACGCCGGCUGUGCUUUUGCCGGGCUGGCGGCACUGUGCAGUGUGCGCGAUGAAUGUGCCGCCCCGCUCUCAUCACUGCAGUGUCUGCAAUGAGUGCAUACUAAAACACGACCACCAUUGCAUGUUUACGGGCCGCUGCAUUGGCUUCUACAACCAACGCUACUUCGUUGUUGCCCUCCUCUACAUGACAGUUGGCCUGUUCUACAGUCUCUCGUACAAGUGCCCCUACGUGCUUGAAAUGCUUGGCGGCAUCAACUUGGCGACUUUCUUGCACAUGGUGGCUCCACAUUUUGGCCUUCUGCUGGGCUUCGUUGAUGUCUGGCUUUUCCUGUGUAAUCUUGUGAAUCUUGUGGAACUGGUUGUGUUCUUCCUGUGUGCCUACCUAUUGAUGGUCGAGCUGAUCUGCGUGGCAAGAAACCAGACCACCUAUGAAAAGAGCCACGGCAUCCGGACCUACAGCAUGGGUCUCAGGAAGAACUUGAAGGAGACGCUGGGUACCUCCUGGUUCCUGGUGUGGUUGUCUCCCUGGGUCCAGUCCCCUGUGUCUGGAGAUGGGAUGUAUUUUGACGGUCAUGUGGUGUGUGUUGAUGGCAAAAAGCAAGAGUGAGCUUUUGUGCCAGAGAGGGACAGAUAAAACUGUUGCUUGGACAA